AUGGUGGCGGUCCCAGUUCAGCCGCCGCGCCAAGCUGCGCCACUGUCAGCAGAAGACCAGCUGAAAUUCCAGGAGAUGACCAUGCAAUUGCUGGACCGCACCUUACGAGACAUGGAUGAACAUGACGCGGAUCCUCGUUCGCACGACAAACAGGACCCUCGUGUGUGGAAGAGAAUUCACCACAAAGAGCAUUUUACCACGUACACGCGUGAAUUGAUGUACGGCGUCUUUAUGGGCAACAGCCAGGCGAUGGCACUCAAGUCCGCCGUCGUGGACAAGAAUAUCGGCAAUGGGGCUGUACUCAAGGAGCUCCUGGGGCCCACUGAGGAAGACCCGUUCCGAUUUCUUGCGCUCAAGUGGAUCGAGGUGCGGCCGCCUCGUGGCGUCUCUGGAAAGCUCGUGGCGCCCCGAGAAGUGAUGUUCCUAGGAGGCACAUGUACCAUGAGACGUCGCGGUACGGGCGACUUUAUCGGCUACGAGGUGCAUCAUUCGAUUGACCACCCGGCUUUCCCUCCUGUGGACGGACUGCGACGCACGCGCAUCGUUAUCGGCUCCAUCUAUCGCGAACGACCCAACGGAACGGUCGACUUGUUUACCAAGAGCUACAGCAUGGAGGCUGAUAUGGGCAGCAUCCUUGGUCCUUUGGCCAUGGCCCAUGCGGCCAAGUGCAUCGAGCAGGUUUGGACCGUGCCCGACUUUGCCUAUGCCAAGAAACUGCGGUGGUGCAUUGACCACCGCGUGCACAGCAACAACGCCAAGGCGCUCCAAGCCAAACUGGCUAAGCGCUGCGCCUCAUGCGAUAAGAGCGUGGCCACAAUCUGGAAGUCUAGAGCGGCGUACCGCAUCUGCAAUCUGUGCAAGGCGCCGCUGUGUUCCAACUGCCGCGUUAAGAAAGAUCUUUACGAAAUUGACCCGUAUUUUCGUGCUCGCAAAUUCCCGGUGCGGAUCUGCCCUCCCUGUCGGGGGUUCGUAAAGCUGCUGGACGCGAAGGAGAUCCAGAGACAGGAAAUGCUGCGACCUCAAAGCGCCGAAGCGGUUAACCCGUUGACGCCCAGCACGCUGGAUGUGCUGGCACACAAUUUCUCGCUGGACAAUAGUUUCUGUACAGCAUCAGUGGAGAGUUUGUGCAUGAUGGACUCGCCUCGUGCACGCUCCGACAGCGUUAAGACUGACUUACUACAUUGA